GGCGCACUCCUCCUCUUCCCUCACAUCACACGGACACACUGUGCCUGCCUCGCCCGGUCCUGAGCAGCGGCAGCAGGAAGUGGCGGCGCCGGGUGUUCAGGGUCCAUUGGAACCUCCAAAAUGGAAGUGGAUAUUAAAGGAGAUAAGAGGACUAGCGUUUCUUCUAUACCACUUUCUAGCACGAUAGAACGGAAUUCUCCAUUAAAAGUAGAACCGGAAAAACCUCGUUGCUCUAGUACCCCAUGCUCCCCAAUUCGUAGGACCGUGUCAGGUUAUCAGAUACUACACAUGGAUUCCAAUUACUUAGUUGGCUUUACCACAGGAGAAGAGCUUCUGAAGCUGGCACACAAAUGUGCCGCAACAGAAGAGAAUUCUACCGAGGCCACGCCAUCUUUUCGCUCCAAGCAGCACGAUUCUGGACUUUCGCGCUCAUCUCGAAUAUACAAGGCUAAAGGGCGUCACUAUCAGCCAUACGAAAUUCCUGCCAUAAACGGAAGGAGACGAAGGCGAAUGCCAAGCUCAGGGGAUAAGUGCAAUAAUAAAGUUAUUCCAUACGAGUCUUACAAGGCGGUUCAUGGUCCUUUACCACUUUGUCUUCUUAAGGGUAAAAGGAUACAUUCGAAGUCUUUGGACUACCUCAACCUAGAUAAGAUGAACAUCAAGGAGUCCCCGGACACAGAAGUGUUGCAGUACCAACUCCAGCAUCUCACUCUGAGGGGCGAUCGUGUCUUUGCAAGAAAUAACACCUGAAGAAGAGGAAUUCUGAUUUAUUUAGCACCUUUUCUUGUAGCACAUUUGAAGACCACUUAAAGAAACAUCUGUGCUACUCAGUGUAGUGGAUGUGUUGUAUAGGUAGCAUCUGCAGAUAGGUUGUCAACUCCUAUCAUAUGAUGUCAAGCAGAUUACUGAAGCCACUCGUUUUACCAAUUUGUUGAGGUGCAUCGGUUUUCAAGCCAUUUCUUUCUCCAAGGAGCAAGACUUUUGAGUGUGGCAUUGCAAGGGAUUAGGAUUAGGUAGCGGAAUCAUUUUUGAUUGAUAAACGUAAUGAACUUUUCGAUGGUUUUCAGUGAAUCAAUUAACAGAAGGAUUUUUGCUGAUUUUACACUAAAAUAUGUUGUGAUAAAUUUAGAUUAAUCAAUGACUCAACUCUGAUAUGUGUGAGUCGUUAAGUUAUGAUUUAGAAGACGCUGAAUACACUCCAGUACUCGUUUUGUUAUUUACUUCCUGAAUGUCCUAAGAUUAAUAUAUACUGUAGUAGUUUUAAUAUAUGGGUGAUUGUACAGACAGCAGUCAUGCCAUUUCUUACCAUCCAGAAUGAAAUCUGCUGUCUUUGGUUUGCUUCCCAGUGGCUAGAUCCAUGUUUUUCUUGAAUUUUGAAUCUACUUUUAGGUUUACUUUGUAAGAUUUAGCUAUAUAUAUAUAUAUAUAUAUAUAUAUAUAUAUAUUAUAUUAAUUGUAACUUGACAGUGCUUGGAAAUACUACUGAUAUGUGAAGUGUGCUGGCUGCUAUGACAGUAAUAUCUGUACAGAUGGCUAGUGUUUAUAUCAGAUAAACAACGUGGUGUGUAAUGUCAUACGACGCACCAUAUUGUCUAUGCCUACUCAAUGUGUAUGAGAUUGUCACACUGCUGAACAGAACAUCUAGUCCUAUAUUGUAUCCUUUAUUGGAAAAAAAAAUAAAAAAUCAUCUUGUGUUCAAUAGCACUUAUAAAGCACUUACCUACUGUAAACCGGUUCUGGGAUGUCCACUCUCCCAUCUGAAGUUUAUUUGCUGGACCUGCCAGUGGCAAUAGUACGAGGUCUUCACUUAUGUGGUUAUGCAGCCUUCUUGUCCCCAACUACUAUCUUGUAGUGUUGAGCGAAUAUCUGUUUUCAAGUUCGGCGUACAAGGUUCGGGUUAUCUAAGAAUUCCGUUAUGGAUUCCGCUACCACAUACCGUAAGUUAUGGUCCAUGGUCGGCGGAAUCCAUAACGGAAUUUUUACGUAACCCGAACCUUGUAUGCCAAACUUGAAAACACAAGUUCGCUCAACACUAGUCUUAAUCAUCAUUUACAACAUGCUGGAUUCCUUUUCUACCUUCAAAUCUGCAACUAGUAUGCCUGACUUUCCCUUUAAAUGGUUCCCUCUAUGUCCUUGUUUUUGAUAUGACUGCUUUUGAUGCCAUGUUUUACCUUAUGAUUUCUGCGGCAGGUAUACAAAACUAGCGUGUGAAGAAGAGGAUGAAGUCCUAUAUUUUACUUUGGAAGGCGCAUUUUGUGGUACUGUACGUCAUGUAGCGUCCAUCUGAGGUUUCCGUCGGAACAGGUUCUUGAUGGAAACCUCGAACGCGUGUGUUCAACAGAUGCCAUCCAUCACCCUGAGGCGCCGUGCGGUGUGUUUUGUUGUUUUUUUCUCUUGGAUACCACGCUGUCAUAAUUCUGCAUUAAUUCAUAUCUCUGGCAGAAAACAGCCUGAUAGAGACAAAAAAGGCGCAGCACCAGGAGCUUUCCUCGCUUCUAGGCUUAUGUAUACUGCCAGCGCCGCGUGAAAGGAGACAAAAUUAUUACAAAGUCUCCAUAGGUAAAAAAAAUAUGCACCACUUUAUAUUAAUGAACGCAUGUUGUUUGGUUAUUCUGUUAUUUUAGGCUGCUUUCACACAGUUUUUUGCUGGCAUUUUUAAUGGUGGUUUUUACAACUGCAUUUUUUACAGUAAAAAAGCCAGCCUUAGAUGUUAGCUAACGUUCUAUGGGAAAUAUAAAAUGCACUGCACACAAGUGUUUCUUUGCUGUUAUUUAGGCAGCGCUUUUUUUUUCUUUCCUAAAAUGUAGCUUGAGCUCUCCAUUUAUUUAUUUUUUCAAUUAGCUUGAGCCUUUAAUUUUCCAAAGGAGAUAUGAAAAAUGAAGGUAGAAAGGUAAAAUCUGGUUACUGUUGGCAACUAAACCAGUUUUCCUUUACACCAGUUUUGAUUAAUUCAACAACCCCCCCCCCCCCCCACCCUUUUGAAAUGAAGGGUGAGAUCUGCACCAAAAACCACACUUAGAAAUUGAAUUAUUUUUUUGGUUGCAGUUUGGGCGCAGAAACUCCCAGAUAUUUGUGUGGAUCGUCUGCCCGUACCUGUGUGCAGGUACCCUUAAGGUGCUGCUCCACUUUUGCAGUUACUUCAUGUGUAUUCAAAAUUUUCCCACUUCCUCCUUUGCAAAAUAAAAUACUACCUUUUGCUGAGGAGCAACUGAAAUAAAUGUACAUGCCUGAUGCACUUGUACAAAUGGUGGACUUCUACGUAAAUGGAUUUUUCCGGUGACCCUAAAUAUUCUCAGACACCUGUUUCCUUACCGUAUUGUCCAGAUGUCCAAUUUGAACCCUAGAUUUUAUUUCUCAACUACACAUCCUCUCUUCAGAAGCUUGACAGAUUGCCAUUAACGUGUCAAUUUUUCCCUAAGGGCUCAUGCACACAAACAACUGUUUUCGCAUCAGAUCCGCAUUUUGUGCGGGUCAGAUGCAGACCCAUUCACUUCAACGUGUCCAGAAAACAUGCGGACAGCACACCAUGUGCUGUCCACAUCCGUAUGUCGGUUCCGUGGCACCCGAAAAAAUAUAGAACAUAAAAUGCAGAAAGCACACGGGCGGUAGGUAGGUUUUUCAGACCGCAGAACAGGUCACGGUCGUGUGCCUGAGCCCUAAUAGUCUGUUAAACGUCUUUAAUCUGACCCAGGGUUACAUAUGGUGGGAUUGCAAUUUCUUGGUACAUGUGUAUGCGUUAUCAUACAUAUAAUCCGCAUUUUGGACGGUAAGUAGUCAGCGCCAGAAUGAAUUCCUAGUUAAUGGUAUUAGUUUUAACGUUAACACUUUACACCAUUUAUGUAAAUCUGUAAAUGUGUUGUCCAAUCUUUGGGCAGCAGGUUAUAAAGCAGGAGGAGCUGAACGGAUUGAUAUAUAAGGCUACUUUCACACUAGCAGCACGG